GAAAAAAGAAGAAGAAGAAGAAGAAGAAGAAACAAGAAGAAGAAGAAAAAGAAGAAACAAGAAGAAGAAGAAAAAGAAACGCAAAAGCAUAACAAAAUCAUUCAUUUUGGAGGAAUGUCCUUGUUUCUUGUAAACAGGUAUCUUGGAGACGAUGAAGAUGGGACGACUGCAAAGGAGUCCAGAUCCCUGGCGCUACUGGCGAAACUGCAUCAAAAGGCAAAAGAGAAGCAGAAGCAAGGUUUAACAGAGGAGAGAGUCAAGAGUUCGGAAAAACACACUGCUGAUCUUCAUGUUAAAAAGAAAAGAAAGGCCGACGAUGACAGCAACCGGGAAAGUCAAAUGUGUAAAAAGAGGAAAUCAAAGGCUGCAAUCCCGAACGUAUCGGACCGCAUGCAACAAGAGCCUCGCGAGGGUGAAGAGAAGAGAAGGAAGAGAGGUGCGAGUCAUGAGAAGCAAAAGAAUGAGCAGUCAGGCUGCGCCUCUCAAAGACUUUCAGAGACUAAUGUCACCGGCAGCGAUGGGGAGGUUGGAAGGAGAGACGAUAACAUCCCAAAAGAAACCUCGAGGAAGUCUUCCGAUCCGUCUGGUUUCAUGGUUCUGGGCGGAUUCGAGAACAAAACAGUACAAAAGGUUCGCAGAGUUCUCCCUCGGUGGCUGGCUCAGCCUGAUGUUAUCCCCAGGGACAUGAAAAGCCAACUGGUGCCUUGCUCUGACAUCGGAGGACUUAGUGCGCCGCUGUUGAACAAACUACAUCAUCAUGGAAUUAAGAACUUCUUUCCAGUGCAAGCAGAAGUCAUCCCGACCAUUUUGGAGGGUGCACAGCAUGGACUACUGAUUGGACAAGCUGGUUACAAACCCAGAGAUGUUUGUGUUUCUGCUCCAACGGGCAGUGGCAAGACUCUGACUUUCGUCAUCCCAGUAAUCCAAGUGCUGAUGAAAAGGGUUGUGUGCGAAGUCCGUGCCUUGGCUGUGCUACCGACCAAAGAGCUCGCACAGCAGGUUUGCAAGGUUUUCACAUCAUACGCUGAGGGGACCACCCUGAGAGUGGCCAUGCUGGCAGGCCAGAAGUCAUUUGCAGCAGAGCUGGCUUCACUUUCUGAGCAGAGAGGUGGGAUGAGACGCAGUUUGGCUGAUAUUGUUGUGGCCACUCCAGGUCGACUUGUUGAUCACAUCAACAAGAACUCAGGCUUAUCUCUGGAUCAUCUUAGGUUUCUUAUUAUUGAUGAGGCAGACAAGAUGAUUGACAGCAUGAAUCAGUCUUGGCUCAGUCAGGUAGUCAAGGCAGUGUGCCGAACGGCGGACCAGAGACCGGAGAACGUGUCCAUCUUCAGGCGAAGAGCACCCUUGUAUGUCACAGCAGCGAGUCUGUCUCCUCCUCAAAUGCCACUUCAGAAGCUGCUUUUCUCUGCCACACUCACCCAAAAUCCAGAGAAAUUGGAGCAGCUGGGCCUUCACCAGCCAAGACUUUUCAGUUCUGCCAACCCUGCAGGUUGCUUGAACUGUCCUCAGUCAGUUGUUGACUCCCAUACAUCUGAACUGUUUGACUUCCCCCAAAGUCUGACGGAGUUUUAUGUGCCUUGUACACUCAGCAAAAAGCCUCUCAUCAUCCUCCACUUCAUCCUGCGCAUGAAGCUCAGCCCCAUUCUUUGUUUUGUCAACUCCAGAGUGAGCGCUUACAGACUUCACCUGCUGAUACAGCUCUUUGGCGGCAUUCAAGUCGCAGAGUUCUCCUCCCGGCUGUCUCCCGGAGAAAGAAAGAAGAAGCUGAAGGAAUUUGAACAGGGGAAGAUCCAACUGAUGAUCAGCACCGAUGCCGCUGCCAGAGGCAUUGACAUCUCUGGGGUCAAAUGUGUUGUGAACUAUGAUGCUCCGCAGUACAUCAGGACGUACAUUCACAGAAUUGGAAGAACUGCAAGAGCUGGAAAAGCUGGUCUGGCCUUCACCUUCCUGCUUGGAGUACAGGAAAAUAACUUCCUUCAGAUGGUGAUGGAAGCAGGGAGUCCAGGGAUCCAAAAGCAGAUCGUUAAACCUGCAAACCUGAAGAGUUUGGAAGGCCGAUAUGAACAAACACUGCAGGAGCUUGCUGCUGUCAUUAAGGUGGUAUUACUCACUUCUAGUGGCUUCAUAUUAAAUGAGCUGACGUGCGCUGUUGUGGUCGAAGCGAGCUGUGAAUGAACACUCGAUGAACAAAGUCCAAGCAAAAAAGAUGAAACCGAGAUAAAGUUGUACCGCAUUAAUGUCCAGUGCAAAAACAGUCCCUUUGUUGAGCAAAAAGUAGGGCUGUGUGAUAAAUCAAUAUCAAUGAAUGAAAAUACAGUACGUUCGAUAAAAUGCUCAAUAAAAACAAAUCUGUAAGAAAACAAAAGCUGCCCGAAAGGCAUUCUGCAGGAAGCUACAAAGGCUUUAGGGCUCAGCUAAUUUUUCUCUCUGCUGGGACGCUGUUGUUGUAGCCGUUAUCCUAUUUGAGAGAGGGCAAGGAGCGAGGAAGAGAAUUGAGAUCCACCCUUAGUCUCGACUCUCUUGACCCAUCACGGCCAAGCGAAGCAAAGUUGGUUUUGUCAUCGAACUCGCUCUUUUGAAUCGAAACCUCGAACUUCGAAGAAGUAACUUGAAUAACAAACGCAGUAGCGAUUUCAUGUUUCACCAUCGUAUCUCAAAGCAGAAAGAACGCCUUGCACUGAAAUGGGGGGGGGGGGGGGGGAAAUAAAUAACAACGAUAACCCGACACGACCGGAUAGCCGUUCGUUAAAGGCGAGCGAUACGACUGUGUUGGGAGCAGACGAGACUAUCGAUACAAAAUCCGCCAGGAAUCCCUAGAAGGCUGUGGACCGGAUAUUGCGAGGUUAGGAAUCGGUUGCUUGAGGCUUUAUGGUUUGCGUCUCGUAAAACGAGCGCGAGGGGUCUCGUGCUGUGCUCCACGGGUAAUGUUGAGUUUACAACCAAACACAGCAGUGGUGGAUACGAGCGGCACUACGAGUUGAACUAAAUUUCUCCAUCGUGUCACUAUUUCAACAUCAAAUAGCUGUUCAUGAGUUAAGCUACUUUCGUGGUCACGGCGAUAGCAAAGUAGCGCUCCGUCCGUCACCAAAAAAGAAACGACCGAGAGGACACACGGCCAGGUGUAUCCCGAAGCUGACACCGCAAAUCGCCAGUUGAACGAAGCGACUCACAGCUACGAGAAAGUUCAAAAGGUCAUCAGCAAGCGGCGAAAUCAAUCAAUCAAGAAAAAGCAGUGCCUGUGCGCAGUGGCUGUCCUCGCUUAAAUGGCACGGUUUGCGAGACCCCCAAUGGCUCUUGAAAUACUGGUUGUGCAAAGUUUGUGAAGAGAAAAUCUUAAAAAUGUCUUGUUGUCUAUUUUAAUUAUUUAUUCAUAUUAAUAGCAAUUAUUAAAUGUUUCUUACAGUGCCAUAUAGCAACAAUGCUCAGGGUUAAGUGGUCUUUGACAUGUUUGAAAAUAGGAUGAGACAAAUGUCCUUUUAUAGAAUUGGGUUAAGUCAAGGUUCUUCCGAUUAGCACGUCUGCAAAUGUUAACCAUCACUUUACUUUCUGCACUGAAUGGAGAAUCGUAUCGUAUCGAAUCGUUCUACCGUAAAGAUAUCGUUUUUGAGUCAAAUCACGACCUGUCUCGAUGCGAAUCGGCAUCAUGCCAAAGAUUGCUAACCCGACAACUGUGCAAGUUCUCCCACUUAAAAAGAUGAGAGAGGCCUGUCAUUUUCAUCGGAGGUACACAAUGAGACCAAAAAAAUCAGCGAUGCAGACUUUGUAUCGGUCCGUCGUGGUGGAGAAGGAGCGAAGCUCUCAAUUUACCCGUCGAUCUCCGUUCCCACGCUCACCGAAGGUCACGAGCUGUGGGUCGUGACCCAAAGAACAGGAUCCCUCGUACGAGCGGCCGAAAUGAGUUUCCUCCGCUGGGUGUCCGAGCGGAGGACACAUUCUUUAAAAAUCAGACAAUGUGAUUUUCUGGCUAGUUUUUUAAUUUUGAAACCUCAUUUUGUCCCUCCUCGGUGAGGUGCACCUGCGAUGAAAUUGACAGGCCUCUCUCAUCUUUUUAAGUGGGAGAACUUGCACAGUUGGUGGCUGACCAAAUAUUUUUGUGCCCCACUGUACCCGAUUAAAAAAUAUAUUUGAAAACAAAUCUCUGCGGUAUCGCAAGAGCAGUCCAGUUCUGGGGGAUACGAGACCACCCAAGGACUUCAUCAAAAGAAGGUCCAUGCAGUUCUGGUGUUGAUUUUCGUAUUCAACUGGCAAUUUACGUGAUUUGAAAAAAAAAAAUGUGCGCACAUGCCUGGUUCGAAGUGGACUUCCACAGAUGGAGAGGGUGAAUUCAUUCCCCAGAGCCAAAUAUGGAAGAUUAUCCAACAGGAAAAAGCACCCCGAUAGCCGCCCAUUCUAGGAACCUACCGGCAAAUCUGACAUUUGGAAACCGAGCGCUCUCGCACGACGGUAGUUAAGGCGGUACAAACGCUUCAAGGUACAAUGGUACCUGACAAUGAAGUGUUUUAAAAGUGAGGCGGGGGGAUUUGAAAAUAAAUUCGGAAUUUUACAGGGAGCUCCAUGCAGUUAACUAAUACGAGAGAGACAUAAUAAGGUCUUAAUCAGUACUCACGCUGCAGCUUUUUGGACCCUGCUGGAGCAACCUGUUAAUAGUUGAAACAAAUCCAGCCUGUAGGCCAGAGAAAAUGAGGAGAGUAGCUUUUUCUUGAUGGGGAUCACACUUGGGCCACUGCUCGAUCACCAAUAAGCGACCUUUUUCUAUUUUUGCAGGAGGAAAGAGUGCACAUGAAAUGAGGCCGGCAGCUUUUAUGAGCUGACGGAAGAUCAGUUGGAAUGGUAUCGAUGGAGAAUGUUUUUUGUUUUUUUCACUGAUACAACUUUUUUCAGUUUGUAUGUAUAACGCAUGACUGGUUAAUAAAUACUUACAGCCUGCUGUUA